UCCUAAGUAGUGCGCAAGUGUAGGAAGUACGUUAAUAUUUAGCACACAGCCACUCAUUUACCUGACGUUGUACCUGUAGUAAGUUUUAAGCGGCUGUUUAGACGCAGAAACAUGGCUAUUUUGGUGUUUUCGAUCAUUUCGCGUUUUGUGAAAGAAUACGCGACCACAACACCGAAUAAACUCAAAGUAAUAGAUGCAUAUUUGCUGUACAUGUUAAUGACAGGAGCUUUUGAGUUCCUGUAUUGCUUGCUGGUGGGGACCUUCCCGUUCAACAGCUUUUUGGCAGGCUUCAUUUCCUGUAUUGGAUCGUUUACUCUGGCAGUGUGCCUGCGCAUCCAGGUCAAUCCGCAGAAUAAAGAACACUUCAGGUCUGUGUCGCAGGAAAGUGCUUUUGGUGACUUCCUGUUUGCACACACCAUCCUUCAUCUCGUGGUGGUCAAUUAUAUUGGCUGAAUGAAAUUCACCUUCUCACCUGGUGCUACUUUUUGCAGGUGUGGAGAUGAAAUGUGGAGCCCUUACUGACCAAUAACUGUCUAUGUAUGACAGCUCAAGCAAUGAAAAUGCACAUUUUAAUAUGUUUGAUAUAGUUGUUUUUUACUGUUUUGUGCUUGUCCAUCUCAGGAAUAAAGUUUUGUACCUUUUUAAAAAACUGUUACAAUAACUUCAUCAGGAAUAAAGGAAUUAUACAAGCCAUGA